AUGUCCCGCAGCUUCAGUCUUGUUAAACGCUUGUCUCUGUCUGUUUCCAAGGUGUCGGAGAGAGAGAUCUCUGGGGGUGGGAAAUCCUGCUGGUUCUUCCAUCGAGUGAACACUGAAGCACGCACACACUCAGUUACAAUGGUUCUGUUUUUGGUGGCGGCCACAACAACAUCCAAUAACUCCAGCAACGGGAACAAUACACAAGGACAGGCCGCCUCCCCCAGCCCCCACAUCCUCCCCACGGUCCUGGUGUUGUCACUGCUGCUGCUCAUCAUCGCUCUGCUCGCCUGGUACUGCCUCAGGUUAAAAAACCAGAGGAAAGCAGCCGUCACAACAGUUGACAAGAAGGUUCCCAAUGGCAUCCUGGAAGAACAAGAUUUGGCUUACAGUACUGAGUCGCUUUACACCAGUUUACCCCCAGAGCAGCAGACCGUGGUUCUCCUGCCCCCAUCUCCCUCCGCCUCCAAGACGUACUUCCCCAUCCUCCUGGAGCACCUGGAGGAGGAGUACAGGGUCCGAUCUGCCGACGACGGGAAACUUUUCAGGGAAGAAUACAACUCGAUACCAGGAGGAAAUGUCCAGGGCAAAUAUGAAGAGGCCAACAGGGAGGACAACAAGGACAAGAACAGAUACCCUAAUAUCCUCCCAUACGAUCAUUCCCGAGUGGUGUUGACUCAGCUGGAGGGAGUUCCCUGUUCGGACUACAUCAACGCUUCCUACAUCGACGGAUUCACGGAAAAGAAAAAGUUUAUUGCAGCACAAGGUCCCAAAGAAGACACGGUGGCAGAUUUCUGGAGAAUGAUUUGGGAACAGAAAGUGGCCACCGUCGUUAUGUUGACGAAUCUGAAAGAGAGGAAAGAGGACAAGUGUCACCAGUACUGGCCGGACCAGGGCUGCUGGACCUACGGGAACAUCCGAGUGGCAGUGGAAGACUUCACCAUCCUCGUGGACUACACCAUUCGCAAGUUCUGUAUUCAAAACCAGGCCUCAGACACAGGGAAAAGCUCUCGCCUCGUCACUCAGCUCCACUUCACCAGUUGGCCGGACUUCGGGGUUCCCUUCUCUCCGAUCGGAAUGCUCAAGUUCCUCAAGAAAGUCAAAGCUGUCAACCCUCCCUUCUCUGGCCCUAUCGUGGUCCACUGCAGUGCUGGCGUGGGCAGGACCGGGACGUUCAUCGUGAUCGACGGGAUGAUCGACAUGAUGCACACGGACCAGAAGGUUGACGUGUCCGGUUUUGUGUCCAAGAUCCGGGAACAGCGCUCCCAGCUCAUCCAGACUGAUAUGCAGUACUCGUUCAUAUACCAGGCCCUUCUCGAAUACUUCCUGUACGGAGACACGGAGCUGGACGUGUCGUCGUUAGAAGGACAUUUACACAAACUGCACAACACGUACGCAGACGGGGACCGCGUGGGGCUGGAGGAGGAGUUCAAGAAACUCACCAAUAUGAGAAUAAUGAAAGAGAACAUGCGGACAGGGAACCUCCCAGCCAACAUGAAGAAGAACAGAGUACUCCAAAUCAUCCCAUACGACUUCAACAGAGUCAUUCUGUCCAUGCGCCGCGGACAGGAGUUCACCGACUACAUCAACGCCUCCUUCAUAGACGGCUACAGACAGAAGGACUACUUCAUCGCCACGCAGGGCCCAGUCCCGCACACCGUGGAGGACUUCUGGAGGAUGGUGUGGGAGUGGAAGUGUCACUCUAUUGUAAUGCUGACAGAGCUCCAGGAGAGGGAGCAAGAUAAGUGUUGUCAGUACUGGCCGACAGAGGACGCAGUGUCGUACGGAGACUUCAGAGUGGAGCUGAAGGCGGACUCUCUGUGUGACACGUUCAGCCUCAAGGACCUGGUACUGUCCUGUGUGCCGGAGAAGCAGACGCGGCUGGUCCGGCACUUCCACUUCCACGGCUGGCCUGAGAUCGGGAUCCCGGCCGAGGGCAAAGGAAUGAUCGACAUCAUCGCCUCCGUCCAGAAGCAGCAGCAGCAGUCGGGAAACCACCCCAUCGUCGUGCACUGCAGUGCUGGUGCAGGGAGGACCGGUACGUUCAUCGCUCUCAGUAACAUCCUGGAGAGAGUGAAGGCCGAGGGUCUGCUGGACGUGUUCCAGACCGUCAAGAGUUUACGAAUGCAGAGGCCUCACAUGGUCCAGACUGUAGAACAGUACGACUUCUGCUACAAGGUGGUACAGGACUUUGUGGACAUUUUCUCAGACUAUGCCAACUUUAAAUGA